GUGAGAGUAUGAGUUUUCAUCCCUUGACCACAGUCAUCGGUCUCACUGUAAUUGGAGUCAUUAGUUUUUUCGAAAAUACCACAGUAUGUGCGCUUUUUGUCGCCAACAAAAAACUGCGCAACACGACAAACGUGUUUGUAAUCUCAUUGGCUAUCUCUGACAUGUUUGUCAGCCUACUGUUCAUUCCUGUGUACCUGAUUACUCCCAUUGGACAUGCGUAUAGUCUGUAUAUUGUUACAUUCCUUUUAUUUACAUCACUCUUCAACAUGUGUGGAGUUACCUACGAUCGUUACCACGCUAUCCUUUAUCCGUUGACUUAUCAUGCUGUUUUCACAUCAUGGCGAACAGCUUGGAUUUUAUUUUUUAUAUGGUUUUCACCACUUUUGCUCGUGUUUCUUCCUGCAUCGUGGAGUGCGCAAAGUCCAAAGACUAUUUCAACCAUAGAUCGGUAUUACAUUAUAUUUAUGGUUCUCAUCUUGUUUCUUGCAUCUUGUAUCAUAGCCAAAGUGUACUUCGGCAUCUUCAAAGCAAUAAAGCGACAAAUGCGCAUGACACGAAACGUAAAUUUACCGGAAUUGUCGUCGAGCGUGUGUCUUGAGAGAUAUACCUGUGACACAAAUAUGUCCUCUUUUCAAGUCGAAUGUCCAGACCUUACAGAACAACAAACGAAAACAAUCAAACCGAACGAGAGCCAGCAAUUCGACUUUGAAGCUUCUACAAACACGAGUAAUCUGCAAUUGUCAAUGAAACGCCCCAGACUCAAGAGUUCAAACAACAACUCAAGAUUCAAAAGAUACUCGGGAAAGUUGCUUAAUGAUGUUCGGGCUGCCAAAUUAUUUGCGAUUAUCAUUCUUGUUUUUAUCAUUUCUUGGUUUCCUGUGAUAUUUAUCAAUGUCAUGAGUGCUAUCGAUAAGUUGGAGUUUGUUCCCCAUUUUAUUUUUGAAAUAUCCGUGUUUGCAUUCGUCGGCAAUGCUGCCGUCAACCCUUUUCUCUUCACUUUUUACAAACAUGACUACAAGCAGGCGCUAUACAAGAUUGUUCAUUGGCGUUUUAAAUGCACUAAAAAGCAGCCGGCAAAUCGUUGUGAUCUGUUACUUAGUUAAUCUACUGAUCUACCUACAACCAGUGUCCAUAACACGUGGACAGAGAGCGUUACGCAAAGUGCGCAGAAUCAGAAUUUCCUUCUCUGUAUUUUUAAAUUAAAACAAGAAAA